AUGCAUCGGAAAGUCCUGGAGCUGCGUCUUGAGAUCCUCGGACAACGCCAUCCGGGGACCAUCUCAGCAAUGUCAGACCUCGCCACUACUCUGUUUAAACGCGGUCAUUUGGAGGAGGCGGAAAAGAUGGAUCGGCAAGUACUAGACCUGCGUCUUGAGAUCCUCGGACAACGCGAUCUGAGCACCGUCUCAGCAAUGUCCGACCUCGCCAGUACUCUGCGCGAGCAUGGCAAUUUGGAGGAGGCGGAAACGAUGCAUCGGCAAGUCCUGGACCUGCGUCUUGAGAUCCUCGGACAACGCGAUCUGAGUACCAUCUCAGCAAUGUCUGACCUCGCCACUACUCUGCACGAGCAUGGCAAUUUGGAGGAGGCAGAAAAGAUGCAUCGGCAAGUCCUGGAGCUGCGUCUUGAGAUCCUCGGACAACACCAUCCGGAGACCAUCUCAGCAAUGUCAGACCUCGCCACUACUCUGUUUGAACGCGAUCAUUUAGAGGAGGCGGAAAAGAUGGAUCGGCAAGUACUAGACCUGCGUCUUGAGAUCCUCGGACAACGCGAUCUGAGCACCAUCUCAGCAAUGUCCGACCUCGCCACUACUCUGCACGAGCGUGGCAAUUUGGAGGAGGCAGAAAAAAUGCAUCGGCAAGUCCUGGACCUGCGUCUUGAGAUCCUUGGACAACGCGAUCUGAGCACCGUCUCAGCAAUAUCCAACCUCGCCAGUACUCUGCGCGAGCAUGGCAAUUUGGAGGAGGCAGAAAAGAUGCAUCGGCGAGUCCUGGAGCUGCGUCUUGAGAUCCUCGGACAACGCAGUCUAUGCACCAUCUCAGCAAUGUCAGACCUUGCCAGUACUCUGCGCGAGCAUGGCAAUUUGGAGGAGGCAGAAAAGAUGCAUCGGCAAGUCCUGGAGCUGCGUCUCGAGAUCCUCGGACAACGCGACCUGCGCACCAUCUCGGCAAUGUCAGAACUCGCCACUACUCUGUAUCGGCACAAUUGUUUGGACAAGGCAGAGCAACUGGAACGGCAAGUACUGUAUCUGCGCCUUGAGAUCCUCGGACAACGGCAUCUGGACACACUCUCAGCAAUACUUAGCCUUGUCAAGACUCUGCACAAACGUGGACAUUUGGAUGAGGCACAAAAGAUGAGGCGGCAAGCACUGGGUCUGUAUCAUCAGAUCCUCGAACAACGGCAUCCAGGUAUCAUCUUAGCGAUGUCAAAACUUGACACUACUCUACGCAAGCGUGGUCAUUUGGAUGAGGCACAAAAGAUGAAGCGGCCAGCUCUGUAUUAUCAGAUCCUCGAACAACGGCAUCCAGGUAUCCUCUUAACGAUGUCAAACCUUGUCACUACUCUGCGCAAGCGUAGAAACCCAAAGGAUGCGGACAAGAUAGAGUAG